CCACAAACAAUCACGCCUACGGCGCGGCCUCUGUCUCUUAUUUCGAGCCCCAGGCUUGCGCAUAUGGAUUCGUUCGCUCUCUUCGCCUGGGUAUGACUGCAUAUUACUAUAUGUGAACCCCGGGUGUGUCUGGGAACAAUUUGGAACCUGAGUUGCACAUCUUCGGGACCGGCCAUUUGAGUAUGGAGAGCCUCAGCGUCCCCGAGCUUGUUGAGCGGCUCAGCAGCGAUGAAGAGUCGGUGCGGAAAAUGGCAGUCUUCAAGCUGCAAAAUGCAAUUGGAGACCCGUCGUUCGCCGACAUUUUCAUCCAGGAAGGGGGCUUGCCUAAGCUGAGGUUUCUGGCUCUACAUUCGACAGGAAACACGCUGGCAUACUGCCUUACAUCUCUAUCGCGACUCCUGGAGCUUGACAAAGGAUGGGACCAUGUCACGGACGAUCUGAUUAAGAGGAUCGUAGAACUCGUCGUCGCCCAGCCUCUCGUCAAUGUCAAUCGGGGUGCAAUGUCCGUGUUAGCGGCCAUAGUGGGCCAUCCCUCGCACCGUAACUCGCAACCCGGUGUCACUGGAUUCCAGCGACUGAAGCCCGCCGUCGACUCGCACCCACAAUUCCUCCCUUCGCUCGUCGAGAAGAUGACGUCGGCCGACCACGCUCUGUGCGCCAACUCCCUCCAGCUGAUAAACUCCCUAAUGCGAGAUGCAAUUGCGAAUGAUGCCGACUUUGAGUGGCCGAGGUUCAUAAAGCAAUUGCAGGAGUUGGGAGUCAUAAAGAGCGUAUAUGGACUCAUGCAGAGCUCUGCAAUCCAAGAUCUGGCACAUCCACUGCUAGAAUUCCAGUCCUUGACCAAAGUGCUACUGCGAAAGUGGAGGGAAGAAAAGGUCGACCUGGAGAAGGCGGACCACCGCAGGGCAAUUCGCGGGUUGCACGCUGCGAGCAACCCAGACCAGCCCGGCACGGAUCCGAGGGGCAGCAAAAAACAGAAUCCGGCAAAAUGGAGGCGGUUAGGCUUCGAUACGGAAUCACCGGCUUGGGAAUUCGACGCUACAGGAUUCCUAGGGCUUAUGGACCUCACGGACUUUGUCUACAAAAACGAAGAUGGUUUCCAGAAGCUGUUGCUUGAGCAGUCAGCCGAGCCGCUCGACCAACGUUGCCCCAUUGCUCGUGCAAGCCUUGCGGUUACGUCAAUAUUGUAUGAGCACUUCGAGGUGGAUAAGCCGGAUGAGACCGAAUCGCACAGAUACACGGCGCUAGAAUCACGGACCAAUUUUGACAGGGCCUUCAAACCGCUUCUGCUGCACUGGUCGAGGCUGCACACUAGUGGCCUGAAUGCGUUCAUUCGGCUCUGGAAGGCGGCAGGGGCGCAGCUAGAAGACUUCGAGAAGAUUGAAGAGUUGGUGCGAAUCCUGAUUGAACAGAUCGUGGGUCAGGCGCCUCGCACGAAAGAGAUCAAAGACGUGGAGGAGGAGCUAGUGGAGUUCGACAUUCAACGACUCAGGGAGCUUCAGAUGGAGCUCCUUGAACUUACUUAUGAGGACGCAUGGGGUCAUCAUCUACGGUAUAUUUGCCCCUGCCCUCAGCUUACGACGGCAGCCUUAACUAUCAACAGACAAGUGCGCGACGAGCUCAACCAUGAAGCCCUCCAAUUCGUCAAAGAGCAACGUAUACGUUGCUUGCUCCAAGGCGCUUGGUUCCCGCAAGCAAUGAAUUACGGCACAGAGGCAGGGCCGGUUACAAGCAAGACCCUCAGUCGAACAGUGCCCUCAUCCUGGCGCUUCGUCCGACUAUCACACAAUAGGCGCUAUCUGCAUUAUGCGGACUUCGAAGAGAAAACGGCUACGGAGCCCAGAUUGGAUGCCUUACAAGAGAAAAUUGAUCUUUCCAUUGUGUCUUCGGUCGUCAGCAACGUGUCGGCGUCGGCCCCAUCGACAUCAUCAUCUGACAGCACCCUUACCACGCUACGGGAACCUGGGCACGCGUCUACCUCGACGAAGAUCACGAUCCAUGGCUACCUGCCGGCGCCUAAUCAUUCGCGGCAGACGUCGGACGCGUCCAAAUCGACGCAGAAGGAGUCGGUGCUUCUGCAGCUGUAUCCACAAAGCCACACUCUUGCGUCCGAGUGGCUCGACGGACUGCUUAUGCUGCUAAACCAACAACCAAUUACAGCGGACACCAACAAGUUGAUCAACCUAAUUGGCGGUUACGGACUCAAAAUUCGACUCCUCAACGUGCGGUUCGAGGACGUUGGCAUGGAGGAGCCGGUGCUUCCUAGCCGGGAAGGGCUGGACGAUGAUUAUUACUAUGAUAUUGGGGGAAUGGAAGCUGGCGUCUGAAACCCCCACGAGGACGGACGUGUUUCCAUGUGCCCUUUUAGCCUCUUAUAUGUUUAGAAGCACGUGGGAGUGUUGGAGAUCCGGAUACAUGACCGGACAUGGACUUGGCUGCAUACACGGCCAGCUUCUGUAUUCUUACAGCAGAUGGCGCUAGAAGGCGGAGAGGGGUAGGCUUGGCUUGGGUAUGGAUAUUCUAGUGAACCGGGUUUUCGCCCCGGUGCUAAUUGCUAGUGCUUUGGAUGAUGGGUAAUUCGGGAUGACGGGCAGACUCUGUUGCGAGUGGAAGCUUCCUCUUGAGAUACCCUUGCUUCUACGGCGGCAACAAGGCACAUUCUGCGAACCUGCAAGGCUUCACUUUCCUAUGAUGGUUAGCAUCUGGCGUACCCUUCAGCUCAACCUUAAGC